GUUGCAAUGGUGAUGCCUGCCAUGGCUGAAGUGUCCGCUGGGGCUGAGUCUGUGGCGGGCUGCCGAGCACGGGCAGUGCACAAGGUGCUAAAUCAGGUGGUUCUCCCUGGGGAGGAGCUGGUGCUGCCGGACCACGAGGACGCAGACGGCCUUGGCGGCGCCGGGGAGCAGCCGUUACGCCUGAAUGCGGGAGCGCGCCCGAGGCUGCGCGUAGUAUGCGGCCCGGGUUUGCGACGCUGCGGGGACCGUCUGCUGGUCACCAAGUGUGGCCGCCUGCGUCACAAGGAGCCCAGCGGAGGCGGCGGCGGCGGCGUUUAUUGGGUGGACUCGCAGCAGAAGCGGUAUGUACCAGUGAAAGGAGACCACGUGAUUGGCAUAGUAGUCGCUAAGUCUGGCGAUAUAUUCAAAGUUGAUGUUGGAGGGAGUGAGCCAGCUUCUUUGUCCUACCUGGCAUUUGAAGGGGCAACUAAAAGAAACAGACCAAAUGUACAGGUUGGAGAUCUCAUCUAUGGCCAGUGUGUGGUUGCUAAUAAAGACAUGGAACCAGAAAUGGUCUGCAUUGACAGCUGCGGACGCGCCAAUGGGAUGGGUGUGAUUGGACAGGAUGGGCUGCUCUUCAAAGUGACCUUGGGCUUAAUUAGAAAGUUAUUGGCUCCAGAUUGUGAAAUCGUGCAAGAGCUGGGAAAACUCUAUCCGCUGGAGAUUGUGUUUGGAAUGAAUGGGAGAAUAUGGGUCAAGGCAAAAACCAUCCAGCAGACGUUAAUUUUGGCAAAUGUCUUAGAAGCUUGUGAACACAUGACAACAGAGCAGAGGAAACAGAUCUUUGCCAGACUGGCAGAGAGCUGACGUGUCCAUUUCCUCAGUGGAUUUGUUAGCCAAGACUGAGUUUCCUGGGGAAAUCUUUUUUUUUUUUUUAGGUGAAUUUCUUCCUGGCAGAUCUUCAGAAGAUGCAUAUUGUCUUACUAGAAUCCAAUAAAAUAUUUUUGUAAGAGUUGCUGGUCACCAAUCAUGUAUAGAUGAGAAAUUAUAAAAAUUUUUAUAUAAUAAAUUUUGCUGGAAGU